AUGUCGCUUCCGAAUAUCUGGCAUCUACGUCGAGUGGCAGAAACGGCCGCCAAGGCCUGUUCUGUCUGCCACAAGCCCUCGAGCAGCGUGUUGAUCACGCCAGAUAACAAGGUAAAUCCGUACCUGCCUGUUCCUAUCUUCCCUAUAAACUGGUUAAGCAGGAAUCGACCCGCGAAUGAUUUGAUGCUGACAGCGAAGGAUUACUUCUACGUCUGUCCGAUCCAUUUAAAAGAUCGGAAUUUUUGCUCACCAGUGGUAGACUCAGAGGGGCAAGAAGCGAAGAGAAAACAAGAGGCGAUGGCCCAGGAGAUUGAGAGGGUAAAGAAAGAAUAUGAAGAGAAGCAGCGAAGAAAGAAAGAGAAAGGUAAAGAAAAAGGGAAAGAGAAAGACAAGAACACCAUAGAUGACUCGAAGAAAGAUGAACAACCUCAGGAGAGGGACAAAAAUGUAGAUGACAGCAACAAGGCCGAUGAGAAAGAACGAGACUAUAAGAUUGCAUCCAUCAAAAAGUCCGAGGCCCCGUCUUCGUCGGAUGACUCGCCUCGUAUUUUCACUUUGCACAAAAACUUCUAUCAAAUGCGCCUUGAAAGGCUGCGUAGUAUCGAAGCGGCCAAGCGAAAUCGCCAAAAGCUGCAGGACCCUUCCUUCUUCCCGUCGGUUCCGUCGGGAGGGAUUUAA